GUGAGAGGUGCUGAGAGCAUUCGCCUUCUGUGAGUCUCUUUGGGCCGAGCGGGGCCUGCUCGGAGAAAGCGGAGCCUGGAGCGGCCACCGACCCGGGAGGUAGCGAGGGAAGCAGGGCUGCUGCGGCCUCUUCGGGGCCAAGGCUUGGUAUGUCUUCCAGCUAAAGAACAGCCAUGUCCUACAUUUUUGUCAACGAUUCCUCGCAGACGAAUGUGCCUCUGCUACAGGCUUGCAUCAAUGGAGAUUUCAACUAUUCGAAGAGGCUUUUAGAAAGCGGCUUUGACCCAAAUAUUCGAGACAGUCGGGGCCGAACAGGUCUCCACCUGGCCGCAGCCAGAGGCAACGUUGACAUCUGUCAGCUGCUGCACAAGUUUGGUGCUGACCUUCUGGCUACUGAUUACCAGGGUAACACGGCCCUUCACCUCUGUGGGCAUGUGGAUACCAUUCAGUUCCUCGUCUCCAAUGGACUCAAAAUAGAUAUUUGCAAUCAUCAAGGUGCAACUCCGCUGGUCCUGGCAAAGCGAAGAGGCGUGAAUAAAGAGGUGAUCCGAUUGCUGGAGUCCUUGGAGGAGCAGGAGGUGAAAGGAUUCAACCGAGGAACACACUCAAAGCUGGAAACCAUGCAGACAGCAGAAAGUGAGAGCGCGAUGGAAAGCCACUCGCUUCUCAACCCCAACCUGCAGCAAGGUGAAGGGGUUCUGUCCAGUUUCCGAACAACAUGGCAGGAGUUUGUGGAGGAUCUUGGCUUCUGGCGGGUGCUGCUCCUCAUCGUUGUGAUUGCCUUGCUGUCCCUGGGGAUUGCAUACUACGUCAGCGGAGUGCUUCCUUUUGUAGAGAACCAACCCGAACUGGUGCAUUAGAGAGGUUUGUCAACAAACAGCAUCCUCACUGUUAUUUUUAGAUUCUAAUUUGUUUGUGUGUUUCUCCAGUGCAAGCAGUGGCUGCUGUUAUGUACUGUUGACAUUUAUAUUCCUGUGUAUAGAAGCCCUGUUGGAUGAGGGAGUGUUAAUUCUGGCUGCACAGCACUAAAUUCUGAGGCAUUCCUAAGCCUCCUAAGCUGGUCUCUGCCAAUAUAAUGAUAUAGAGGGCUGUAAAUAACCAUAUCUGGAUUCAGAAUUCAUUCAGCAAGUAUUUAUCUUUUCCUUAAAUGUGUCUGGAAAUGUCACAAGUCUUUGUUUUCAGUUCAAGAAAACAGCAUAAUUUUUAUCCAAGUUGAUUUGAUAAUAUUAACAAAUCUUGUGCUUUAAUGUUUGUCAAGGGAAACAUCUGUUAUCGUUUGUUUUUUAAAGGCAGGGUGUUUUGUUUUUAAAUUGGGGAAACUUUUCUUACCAAUUAAUAAAAAGCGAUCUAACAAUCUGAUUGGGGGGGCAUAUUCUGCAAAGUGUAUCUGUGUGACCUGUUAGUCAUAUGGGGGAAAGCCUUUAUCCUUUAUUAGAAGGCAUAAUGAUGAAAAGGGUUUAUAUGGCUCUAACAUUCACUUCUUUUGUAUAGCACUUAAAAGCCGCAAUUGACAUUAAUAAGAAUUCACAGAAUGGGUUGGCUUUCCCAAAUGGGCUACUGUGGCAAUUUCUUCCUGGGACAGGAGGAAAGAACCAUCCCUGCCAGAGCAGAUCUUCAGGACCAUGCACAGCAUCCUGACAUUUUAAUGUAUGAGACUGCAGAGCUCAAAACCAAAAAUCUGACCUACAGCUCUUGCUGUUAAAGUUUCUUUAACCAUCUACAUGGUUUAGUGAAGCUGUUUUAGAGCACACAGGUAAGCGCCCACAAGGGGAAUCCCUUCCCCCUUAUCUGCUGAAAGCCAGCUCAUCUCCCUUCCAAACCUGAAUCCCCACCCCACUGUGGAGCUUGGUGCAUCUCCAGGCCUCCACUGCUGCCUCCGGGUCCAGACCAGCUCCUGAACACUGCUGUGGCUGGGCCAGGAGCAGCUGUCCACUGUGCCUCCCAGACAGGAGGUAAGUCAUUUUCUGUGAAUGUGCCAUGUUAUUGUUCCGAGGGGAUUUAAAAACCCCAUUUUUUAUUCGAGUUUUGCAGAAACAUCUGUUUACUGUCAAUGUGGGCCCAAUUAACAGAUUUAGAUGUCUGCAAAUAGGCCCACACUUGACUAUUACUUAUAUAUCUGUUAUGUAGCUUACCUCAGGCAUGCUCAGUGCUCACGAGGGUUAGUCAGACAAAGGUUUUCUCCUGCACAGAAUUCUGUUCAUUAUGCGGGCACGCAAACACCCCUCAACCUAGCUGUGAUAUUCUGGCAAGAAUUGUGGCUUUUACAACUGCAAACAGCUAGACUUUUGCAAACAAUGAAAACUGAAUCAAAUAACUGGUGAGGAUACCGUAGUCUAGUGAUGUGUUCUUUAAGUUUGUUUUACUUACUACUGUCUGGAAAAGGUAGGUUUUGUGGGGAGACAUUUUUGGCUCUUUGUGGGGACAUUUUUGGCUCCAUGUGAAAGGUUUUGUUUUUCACCCAGCUGCUAUGGAAACAGUUAACUCUUAAAAUGAUAGUUAAAUAUGUGCAGGUACUCACUGGUUUUGAGUGAAAGUCCAGCAUGUGUUUAAUUCUUCUAUUGCAGUUUGCCGGGGAGUUAAAAGUACAUGAACUUUAGAUCAUUUCCAGAUAAUGACUGGAUCCCACAAAGGAUUUCUAUGAGUAGGAUAGAAAUCUGCAGACUCCCUUCCCCCUCAUUCUUUUCGUCAGGGUCUCCUUUUCAUCAAGAGUAUCAUUUGGGGGCAUAUUUUGGGCUGCAAUUAGGGGUUUUAUCUAGUUGGCAUUAUCCAGUUGCACACCACUAGGUGGAAAUGCCUUCCAUCCAUGGAAAUUUCUGGUGAAUCUAAGCCAAUGUACCCUGUAUCAAAAAUGUCCCCAAAAUGGGUUGGAAAUGAGCUUCUCAGAACAGGUAAGAUGUAUUUAAAAACUUUUAAAAAAAUUAGGGAACAAUGUGCUAAUUAUAUAGGUAUGUAUUCACUGGUAGGCAUCGAAUGCUUUCUUAAAGCAAAUGUGUAUUCUGCGCUAGUCAUUUUCUGUUAUCUUUCAUUUUGUUGUUUAUAACUUUGAAUUGCAUUUGCUGUUUAUAUGUUUGAAUUGCAUUCUAAGCAUGCGUAGGCACUUCUAAUAAAUGUGUAUCAACUA